CAGGCAAUUAAGUACUAGUACCGCGUAGUUCGGACUGGAAGGAGGACUGCGAAGCUUCCGACAACAAGACGACUCUCUCUCUCUCUCUAAAACAUCCCGGAGGGCGUUUUGGAUCUCCCUCGAAAACUCUCUCUCUAGAUUGUAGAAUUCGAUUCAAGACACUCUCAUCUGAAUCUCUUCGCUCUUCGCGCUCUUGAAGGGAACAGACAAUUCUUGCAGCUCGAGUCCAUUUGGCGGGAAAUCGUGUUUGCCUUAAUCGCAAUUGGUGUUUUUAGAGAGAGAAUUUCAGUUUGGAGUCAGAAAGAAGAGCUUAAUCGCUACAGACACGUUUAUGCACACACACAUAUAUAUAGACACACACAGAGGAGGAGUGAUCGAUGGGGGUUUCAGAUAAUUCGAGAGGGCUGAUUCUUGCUGUAGUUUCGAGCUUGUUUAUUGGUUCGAGUUUCAUCUUGAAAAAGAAAGGCCUCAAACGUGCCGCUGAUGCUGGUACUCGCGCAGGUGUUGGAGGUUAUACUUAUUUACUAGAACCACUUUGGUGGGCAGGCAUGGUUACAAGUAAGUAUCGGAUAACUAGCGCAAGUUGCGUGCGCGCGCGCACACGCACACGGGGUUAUUAUUCUCUAAUUUUGAAAUUUUUGGAUGUAGUGAUUGUUGGAGAGGUUGCAAAUUUUGUGGCUUAUGUCUAUGCUCCAGCAGUUCUUGUGACCCCUCUUGGUGCAUUGAGUAUUAUAGUUAGUGCUGUUUUGGCACACUUUAUGUUGAAGGAACAAUUGCGCCAAAUGGGUGUUCUUGGAUGUGUGUCCUGCGUUGUAGGAUCAGUGGUAAUUGUAAUCCAUGCACCUCAAGAGCAUACUCCAACUUCUGUACAAGAAAUCUGGACUUUGGCAACUCAACCAGCAUUUCUAAUUUAUGUAGCAGCUACAUUAUCAAUAGUGUUAGCUUUGAUUUUGCACUUUGAACCCCGCUAUGGGCAGACAAACAUACUGGUCUACUUAGGAAUUUGUUCUUUGAUGGGUUCGCUUACGGUUGUUAGCAUUAAGGCCAUUGGAAUUGCAAUAAAGCUCACACUAGAAGGGAUAAGUCAAAUUGGAUAUCCUCAGUCUUGGUUUUUUCUUACAGUUGCAAUAAUCUGUGUGAUUACACAGUUGAAUUACCUUAACAAGGCAUUGGAUACAUUCAACGCGGCUGUUGUUUCUCCAAUAUAUUACGCCAUGUUUACGACUUUGACUAUAAUUGCUAGCGCAAUAAUGUUCAAGGAUUGGUCAGGUCAGACUGCGAGCAGCAUAGCCUCUGAGAUAUGUGGUUUCAUCACUGUGCUUUCAGGAACCAUCAUACUUCAUGCAACUAGAGAACAGGAACCUACUACUGCACCAGAGUCCAUAAGAUGGUACAGUGGUGAAUCAAUAAAGGAUAUGGCGGAUGCACAUUUUAUUACUUUGCACAAUUCAGAUUAUUUUGAAUAAUGGGACUGUUUUUCUGGGUAAAAAAUGUGCAAAAAAAAAGACGAGUCCCUGGCGAUAAAGCUAUCAAUGCGACUGGCAUUAGACUAGUGGAUUCAAGUUUAGCUCCCGCCUUUUUCUCAAAUUUUGGAUCCUAGAGUUCGGCUGGCCAGUAAAUAUUUACGCCCGUUCUCAAGGAGCUGCAAGAAAAGGAACUGUGUCUGAAAGUUGGAGAUGCUAAAUCAUUGCCAACCUUGAAUCGAGGUUUCCAGAUGCAAAAAUUUAGUUUACCCUGAAGAUUACAUACUUAACAUUGAGGUUUGUACAUAAUCUUUUGUGCUUGUAUUGAGCUUGAUUCAUUGUUUUCCCAUUUUGAUCUUGUAAUAAUCUUUUGUACAUUGGCUAGCAUAUUUAAUUCUUGUUGUCCAUUGGAUUGGACAAGUACAGAUCUGAAAGAUGAAAAAGACUAAUUUGAGGCAAGUAUAUCUUGUAUCUGUUAGACCAUGUGAUAAAAAUUGUAAUCGCUAUUUACCAAAUUCUACGUAGGGAUUGUUUUUAUAUUAUUUUUAAUAUUAGCGAGAGUACCCCAA